AAAAGCCGCCCGUCGCGCCUCAGACGGGCAUUUACUUGCAGCACCACGACGAAACGUAGCAAAAGAAGAUGGAGAUGCUCGAAGAGUCUGUUUGACCAGGGAUCGUUAAAAUGGCGUUUCUGUGGCGGAUGAUGAAGCGGAGUCAUGACGACGGCGACUGCCCACUGACAAACACGGGAAACCUGCUCGUUUUCGACGAAGAAUAUCAGAAUACGUGAAGAUUUGUUGGCGGAGAAAAUGGCUGCUGUGGUCGGUUGGAGACGGAACAGCGAGCGGACCGAGAUGGAGAAGUUCGACGGUCCGGGGAUGGCGUUACUGCCGUGGCCUAGAAGCUUGUUCGCCGUGCUGUGGGAGCAGCUCCGGGUGCUGGUCCAAGUCAUCUACUGCACCUUUGUGUCGGUGGUCCAGAUGUUGAGGUUCGAGGUCCACCUAACCAUUUCGGACGAGGCGGGGCAACACAUCCAACACAUGAGCUCCACGUCCAACCAGACCGAGUCCUUCCUGUUCUCCACGCUGUUUGAGAGCAACAGCGGCGUCAUGGUCGGCGGCUCCAACCCACUGUCUAACCUCUGCGCCGACAUGGGCGACCCGUUCGGCGGGACGACCACCGAAGCGCUGCUGUCCAGCCUGAGAGCCGACGACCUGUGCUGCGGGCUGGUGGACGACUUGGUCGCCAGGGCGACCGGCAAAGACGACGCCGUGUUCCACCAGAGCAGCUGGAACAUGGGCUUCCCCGGCGAGUGGAACAUCUUUGUGUCGAGCAGCGACCUCUCUGGGUCCAGCGACUCCAGCCAGAAGAGCCAGCUCUUCCAAGCAGAGAGGGCCAAAGAGCGAGCCUCAGAGGAGGAGGAGUGGGGCUCUCAGUGGAGCAGCGAGGAGGACCAGGGCCUGGUGGAGUUCAACAGCGAGGAGAGCAAGGCCUUGUGGGAGUCUCUGUCCCAGUCCAGUGACCCCUACAACCCCCUCUUCUUCACCGCCUGCAUUUCUACCAACAUGGGGAGGAGCGAGAGCGAGACUCAGGGCGGGGAGGGCGCCGGCCCGGCGCUGCCCAUGGAAGAGCCCGUCACCCCGGACCCAAAAGCCCUCAUCAGCCGGUCCGACAGCGACAUCAGCUGGAGCAGCUCUGAGGGGUCCAGUCCGGACAUCGACACCGAGCUUCUGGACCUCUUCCAGGGCUCUGACCCCUACAAUCCCAUGUGUUUCACGGCGUGUCUCACCACGGCGCCGAAACCCGAAACUCCCCCUAAAACUGCCACCGAGGAGGAGAGUGGCUUUUCCACCUCGUCCAGCGAGGAUCACGACAACGACGAAGAGGAUGAGCUGUGGAAGUCUCUGAGCUUCUCGGACGACCCCUUCCACCCGCUCAACUUCCAGGCCGGUCGCCACAGCAGCCCGGUGGCCUGCAGCCAGCCAGCAGGCGGCCCCACCGUGCGAGCCAAGAAGAUCAAGAAGAAGACACCGAGGAGACCGGAGAGAGCCGCUCCACACGGUGCGGAGCAAACGCUGGUGCACUGGAAGAAACCCAAACCAAGCUCCCCCGAGAAACAGGAGAAGACGGGCGCCAAAGAUAAAAAGGUUCGGUUCUGUCCCGAAGUCCAAGUCCACGUCAUGCGCUCCUGGCUCUUCGCCCGCCAGGCGUCCCGCCGGGGGCAGUGGGAGGAGCUUGCCCGAGACCGCGCUCGCUUCCAGAGGCGGAUCCAACAGGCGGAGCAGGAGCUCGGCCGCUGCUUUGACUCCGCCCACCGAGAGAAGAUGCGUCAGUACGUGGAGCUGUGCCUUAAGUGCCGUGAUGGCACGGCACCGGCAGGCGUAGGGGACCCGAGAACAAGUGACCAGAUGGGUGAGCCGUCCUUCACCAACUCUGCUGGCAGGAGGACCAGUGAAGGUCUGGUGGAGGACUUUGACGCGAGUGCCGCCAACAAAGGCGACGGCCUCCACGUGUGCCGGGAGAAGGCGCCACCCUACGACUGGAGCAGCCUGGUGACAGAGUUGUACCGCUCCAGUUCCACCAUCACCAGCGACCAGGUGGAGGAGCUGCAGAAAGUUCUCAAGCAGAGCUCCUCAGACUCCAGCGGAGCCGACGAGCAGGGCCCGACAGAACCUUCCCUCCUGGAGAGGUUCAUGAGUUGCUCUUUCAGCGACGCCAGCUGGAGCUCCGACGACGAUUUCGAGAAGGAGAGUGAGGGAUUCCUGGAGUUCCUCCGAAGUCGCCACGAGUACGGCGCUGUGCACUUUCCAAACCAUGAAUCCGAUUCCACCGCUAAAGAACCAGCUCGUCGUUCUCUGUCGGACACGGAGGGCGAGAGCGUCCACUCGUCUGGGGACGAAGACGAGGAGCAGCUGUGGAAGUCCUUGUGCUUGACGGACGACCCGCACCACCCGGUCAACUUCCAGGCUCGGCUCUUCAGCCCGGCCUCCACCACGCCCCCUGAGAAGAAGAGCAGGAGUGACGUGGCGGUUCAGGCCCGUCAGAAACCGUCCAAAACCCUGGUGCCUUGGAGGAGGCCCGGAGGCUCCUCACGCUGCACCGAGGAGAACAGCAAGGAGCUCGCCACUUCCAAAAUGGUGCGCUUCUCUCCUCUCAUCCAGGUCCACGUCAUGCGAUCCUGGCGUUUCGCCCGACAGGCGUCUCGCAAGGGACACUGGGAAGAGAUCGCCCGGGAUCGCGCCCACUUCCAGAGGCGGAUCCAGCAGGUGGAGCAGGCCAUCGGACACUGCUUCACCCCGUCACACAGGAGCAACAUCCGCAUGUACAUGGACCUGUGUCUCGGCAAGUUCUGAACACCACAUCUUCACGUCAUCACCAUCCGGUCGGCUGCUGCAGCCGCCUGCAUGUCAUCACUGAGCGACAGCUUCCUCCCGCCCUCUGCAGCAACACACCAUGUGACAUCUGCACUAACAAUAAACACC